AUCGACACGUAUUAGGAGCAACAUCCUCCAGCACGUUUCCUCCCUGUGAUGCUGCUGUUCGCUGCGCGCACAUCAGUAAAUGAAUCACGUAGCACUAGAACAGCCCUUCUUCAUGCGAUCUUGCCAGACCCUAUCGGAGAAACCCCCCUCAAGGCAAAGAUCUGUCACUGCUCACUCAUUCGCUGGAAGACGAUCAGAAAGUAUGUUAAAUGCGCCCAGAAACACACGGGAGUGCGUUGCGAGGGCUUCGAGAGGCUUCCGGUCAGAUCGGCUCAACACAGUGAGGGGAGCAGGUUUCAACAGUUGACGCGGAGAGGAGAGAAACCUGUGAGCUCAGGAGAAGCGAUUAAUUUUGAUUAUCUGAAAUCUUCCAGCACCUCUGUGUGGCUCAUUUUUUCCUCCCUCUCGUUUUACGGGUCAGUGCUGAAGGGAAUUGUCUGGAAUGAAGGAUGGAAGAGCACCGGGUCCAAUUGGACUGGAUUAUGGGAUUACUGGACUGAUUAUAGGACAAUCAUCGGGCAAAAGUCGCAGACGCUCUUGAGCACAAAAGGUUGGAACUGGAGUAUUUCUCCGCUCUGCAUCCUGCUUGUUUUAUUUUAUUCCACUUUGUGAGCAGACUGUGUAUGGGCGACGCGGACCAAACGCGUAUGUGCAACAGUGUGCCGCACAGGAGAAAGGGGGAAAGUAACAUGCGAUGUGAAUGGCAAAUGCUGCAUUUUGAAUGGCCAUGUCAGUGUUUCGCCGUAGCCUAGGUGUAGAUGUCGCAUGAGGGCAAUGCGCUUUUGCGAGCCGCGCUCUAACCUUCAACCACGAGAUUUAAACGCUUUAACCUUGGAUGCGGUUGGGAAUAUGAAUACUUUAUAGUCAUCGAUUAUUCAUCAAGUCCCCCUACACACACACGCACACACACGCACACGCACACAUUACGUUUCGGGAGGAAAAAAAAAAAGAAAACAAAGAGAAACAAAGCAUCUCUGUUGUAGAGGUGCCGAAUUUGAUAUUUAAUUCAUACAUCAGGUGUCGUCGAGCGGUCAUCUUUGUUUACAGAAAGAGUUCAUCCCAGCUACACCGCAUCCAGAAAAAGGUCAAGAUCCAAAUUAAAAAAGGGAGAGCACGGUUCAGAGAUCGGUUUAAUACCUAAUUAGUGUGAGAUCAGCGUGAAACCCGUACCCGGUGCGGGUUAGAGCACUAGGUUUUUCCCUUUUUUUCCCUCCUAAUCAACAGGUUGAAAGUCAACCAGUUUUUUUUUUUUGUUAGUUUUUUGUUUUUUUGUUUGUUUGUUUUUCCAGUCUACCACUGCUGCAUAUCCACUUAGAAGGGAUGCGUCUCUCUGCACCCGUUUUCCUUUUGCUGUGGGUGAAAGCCCUCACGUUAAAAAACCUCAAUUAUUCUGUCCCGGAGGAGCAGGGACCUGGAACUGUUAUAGGCAAUAUAGCAAAAGACGGCGGAUAUGGGACUGUAGAGAGAGGGAAGAAAUCCAACUUCAGGGUGCUGGAGAAUUCAGCCCCGCAUCUGGUGGAUGUUGACCCCGAGAGUGGACUAAUCUUCACCAAACAAAGGAUUGACAGAGAGACGCUAUGUAGGCGCAACCCCAAGUGCCAGCUCUCUAUGGAGGUGUUCGCCAAUGACAAGGAAAUUUGCAUGAUCAAGAUUGAUAUACAGGACAUCAACGACAACUCCCCCAGUUUCCCUUCAGAUCAUGUGAAUAUUGAUAUCUCCGAGAAUGCAGCUGCUGGGACACGCUUCCCCCUCACUAUUGCACAUGACUCAGAUUCUGGGGAAAAUGGGAUAAAGACCUAUCAGGUUACAAGAGAUGACUACAAUACCUUUUCUUUGGACUUAAAAGUGAGGGGUGAUGGGACUAUAUACCCAGAACUGGUGGUUCAGAGACCCCUUGAUAGGGAGGAUCAGAGUCAUCACACUCUUCUUCUUACUGCAAUUGAUGGUGGGGAGUAUCCGAGAUCGGGCUCCAUGCAAAUCAACGUCAGAGUGACUGAUUCAAAUGACAAUAGCCCUGUUUUUGAAAAAUCUUCCUAUGUGCUAGAGAUUCUUGAGAAUUCUCCCCCUGGAAAAAUACUUAUAGAUCUGAAUGCCACUGACCAGGAUGAGUUAAGCAACGGGCAGGUGGUCUAUUCCUUCACUGGAUAUGCAUCUGAGCGAAUACAAGAUUUGUUCUCAAUAGACCCAAACACUGGCGUCAUUAAGGUCCAGGGAGAGAUUGACUUUGAGGAGAAUCCAAUCAUAGAGUUUGAUGUGCAGGCAAAGGAUCUGGGGCCCAAUCCGAUACCAGGACAUUGUAAAAUUACUGUGAAAGUACUUGACAAAAAUGAUAACCUGCCAAUAAUAAGUUUUGUCUCUGUUCGGCAGGGAGCAAUCAGUGAAGCAGCUCCUCCAGAGUCUGUCAUAGCACUGGUCAGAGUGACUGAUAAAGACUCAGGGCGUAAUGGCCAGCUCCAGUGCCGGGUUCUGGGAAAUGUCCCCUUCAGACUUCAGGAAAACAAUGAUAAUUUCUACACUCUGCUUACAGACAGACCUCUGGACAGAGAAACGAAAGAUGAAUAUAAUGUCACAAUUGUUGCAAGAGACAAUGGGAACCCAUCUUUGAACAACACCAGGUCCUUCACUGUGAAAAUCUUAGACGAGAACGACAAUGCGCCGCGCUUCACAAAGACACUCUACGUACUGCAGGUGCCUGAGAACAACAUCCCGGGAGAGUACUUGGGCUCCGUCGUGGCACAUGAUCCAGAUGUAGGUCGUAAUGGAACUGUUUCAUACUCCAUACUGCCAUCCCACAUUGGAGAUGUAUCUGUCUACACAUACGUGUCUGUUAAUCCCACAAACGGAGCAAUCUACGCUUCUCGCUCCUUCAACUAUGAGCAGACAAAAUCCUUUGAGUUCAAGGUUCAAGCAAAAGAUAGUGGCUCUCCUCACAUGGAGAGCACUUCUACAGUCAGGGUCAAUGUCCUUGAUGUGAAUGACAAUCUUCCAGUUAUUAUUUUACCCCUGCUGCUGAAUGAUACGGCUGAGAUCCCAGUACCUAGAAACGUGGGAAUUGGGUACAUUAUUGCUACAGUAAAAGCAGUGGACCAUGACCAUGGAGAAAGUGGGCACUUAACCUAUGAGAUCACAGAGGGAAACGAUGACCACCUGUUUGAGAUAGACCCAGUGGGAGGAGAGGUCAGAACUGCCCAUGCUCUCUGGGAGGAGAUUGCCCCAGUGGUUGAGCUGGUGGUGAGAGUAACUGACCAUGGCAAACCCCCCUUAUCUGCUGUGGCUAAGCUGAUCAUUAAGGCAAAUACAGAAACAACGACAGGAGGGGGUUCCAGCGCGAGUGGGGAACAGCAGCACUGGGACGUGUCCCUGCCCCUCAUAGUUACCCUCUGCAUUAUCUCUGUCAUGCUCCUGGCCGUCAUGACUGCCAUCGCUGUCAAGUCCAAGCAUCAAGAUAAGGAUGCUGGGAAUUAUAACUGCCGCAUGGCUGAGUACUCCAAUCCUCCGGUGGGGAAGGGAAAAAAGAAAAGGAUCAACAAGAGUGACAUCAUGUUGGUGCAGAGUGAGAUGGAGGAGAGGGAUUCUGCGAGCCGGAUGAAUGUUGUCAGCAGCCCAUCCCUGAUCACUUCACCCAUAUGCUUCGACUACCAGAGCCCGCUGCCGCUCACACUGCCCAGGUCAGAGGUCAUGUACCUGAAAACUACCCCAAACAGCCUGACUGUGCCCAGGUCGGGGUGCCACUCCAGCUUUGCUGGGCUGAACACAGAAACUCAAGCGAACAGGAUGUCAGUGAUACAGACUGAAAAUUUCUCAUCAGAGCCCAAUUAUUCUGGCAGCAGGCAGCCAUUUGUUCAAAGCUCAACAUUUAAGGAUGCAGAACGAGCAAGUCUCAGAGACAGUGGCCAUGGUGAUAGUGACCAGGCUGAUAGUGACCAGGAUACUAAUAAAGGCUCACACUGCGACACAUCUGCCAGGGAGGCCCUCAAGAUGAAAGCGGCAGCAGUUAAUGGCCAGCCUUUUGAGAAGGAGCAAGACAAAUCAGUCCACUGCACCGAUGAAUGUCGUGCACUGGGACACUCUGACAGAUGCUGGAUGCCAAAGUUACGGGUAGGAAGCCAAGCAGACAGCGCAGAUAAUCGCACCAACCUUUUCAUCCCUGUGGGAAUGGAUGCCAUGGUAGAGACAGAGAUUUAUGGCACCAUCAGCUGCAGCAGCAGAAAAACCCUCACCACAUUUGGAAAAGAACAGCGGGACAGUACAAUCCUCGUGGCCAAUGUUAAACCUUACUUAAAAUCGCAGCGUGCGCUAAGCCCACCACUCCAAGAGAGUCCAUCUGCGUCCAGCAGCCCCACCAAGAGCGGCGCGCCUCCGAACUUGGCCAGCCGAGAGCCCAACGAAGAGAGGGACGGGGGAUCAGACAGCAGUGCCUAUGGCCCUCCAGAUGGCCAGUGCUCCCCGCUGCACACUGAGCUGGAGGAGCCCUCCUACCUGACCUGUGAGCUCAGGCCUAAGUCCCUGUCAAGCUGUCUCAUUCACAGCUCUGUCAUCAGUCAAGAGUGUGGGGGGUCGGAUUGUGCUCCCGACCAGAGGGAUUCUGGCAACUGACAGGUGAGGUGACGGCACUCUCCAGCUCCCUCUCACCUGCCAGGGGUGUGAUGAUGAUGAUGAUGAUGAUACCCCGAAUCGAUGACCAGGAGUUGAUUUAUUUUGACCCACAGAGAUGUUCAGACGCAUUGUAUAACCAAAAACCAUCUGCUUUUUAUGUUUUAUGUUCUGUUUGUUUAUUUCUUUUUUUUUUUAACUUUUUUAGUUUGUGACUUGUUGUGUUUAGGUGAAAUAUGUGUCAUUGACUGGUGUGAAAGUUUUGGGUGGGAUAUUGGGGUGGUGGGGAUCAGUGCUUACCUAACUUCAAACGUUUUCAUGGUGUACUGUACAUGUCAAUUUAGAUGUCUGUAUUUUACACAUUUCCAGCUCCGAUUUUGUGAGGAUAUUGAACAAACUGCUACUGUUACGCUACGAGUCCUGUCUGCUUUUGUACAGUGAAGCUUUCUGUCUCCAUUUAGUGUAUAAGGACCAUUACUUUGAAAAUCACAAAGGAGCCGAAAUACAUAUCAAGUGACGUUACAUUCAAAAAAAGUGAAGUGUCUUAUGAACUGUUAAUGGUGGUGCAACAGGGAAUGUCCCUUUUCAUAAAACCAUUUAAAGUUCCUAUAAAAAACAAACAUUUUUUUAAGAAUGUAUUUGUAAUUUUAUUGUCGUCCUCUGCAGUUUAUGUGGAAAUAAGCUGUGCUUUAUGUGGGCUACUGUACUCGUUGUGUACUUUAUUAAAUUUGUAUACACUGUGCGAAUGAAGGGCAGUAUUUUUUUUUUGACUGGCACAACUUCUGAAGCUGUUGUGGUUUAUGUGGAAGAACUGGAUUUUUGUCUUUUAAAUGUUCUUUUGUGUGUUCAUGACAGAUAGCACUAGUGACACUGCAACAGGCAUGGGCCAGUUACCCAGAAGAAAAAAGAACGCCACUUACCAUUCUUACGGUGUAAGAAUGGUACACGGUCUCUUAACUAAGAGACCGUGAAAAGAAAGUGCCACAUAGAGCAAAAUGUCAACUUUGUGUUCCUCCACUACCUGUUACACUGAUGGUCAGCUGACUAAGUGAGGAUUACUGUGCUUUUUUUUCCCCUUCAAACAAAAUAAAAGAAUUUGUAUGUUUAGGACAAUUAGUUUUUACUUUUACACGCAACUGCUAUAUAUUUAGCAGGUAUUUCUUCUAUAGUUUUGUUAUGAUUUUGCUCAAGUCUAUGUAUCAAAGUAGAAAAACAAAACUAAUAAAUGGAUUUGAUAUCAUCGUUAUAUCUGUAAAAAUCAAUCAUUAACUUUACCUAUAUAUUGUGUACUUGUGUAAUUCAGAGCAACUUCUGGAAAAAAACGACACAAUUUUAUACGGCUAUUUAUAUAUUUAAGAAUGUCAAAUAAAACCAGGCACUGUGGGUUAGUGCACCCCACUGAAUAUUAGCUGACACCCUCUGCUAAAAGCUUUUUCUUAAGAGUAUGCAUCACAUCAGAGGACGUGUUUGUGCUAUUUUCAAAAUCACUGUCAUCACGGCUACAGUCAGUAAAUGUCCACAAAGUUUGCUGAAAUGUAAAUGUGUCUGACAAACGGUGACACGCGGCUCCAGCUUAAGCUUCAGCUCCAACGACAAGUUACAAGCAAGGACUGUUUCAGUGAAUUCUUUGAUUAAAGGAAAUUAAACUUUAAUGAUUCCCAUGGGGGAAAAUAGGUCACCUUGGCUGCAAAAGGGACUGUACAAACAGCGGAUUAAAGGUUAUGACAAGCAUGUGCACAAAAAAAAGAGAAAAAGAAUGAUACAG